UCUUUGCUCGCUUGUUCUGCCCUCCCUGCCCGGCCCCCGCGCGGCGGCCCCCAGGCGACGGGGGAGGCGCGCCGGCGGCCGGGCGGCGGCGGCGGCGCGCUGGGAGGCGGCGGGCAGCGCGCACGGUGCAGCCGGGCCGGGCGGGCGGCAUGGCGGGGCCCCCGGCGCUCCCCCCUCCGGAACCGGCGGCCGCCGGCGGCGGCGGUGGCGGCGCGGGCGGCGGCGGCGGCGGGGCCUCCUCCUCCGGGGGGGCCUCCGGGGUGUCGGCCUCGCCGCACUACCAGGAGUGGAUCCUGGACACCAUCGACUCGCUGCGCUCGCGGAAGGCGCGGCCCGACCUGGAGCGCAUCUGCCGGAUGGUGCGGCGCCGCCACGGCCCCGAGCCCGAGCGCACGCGCGCCGAGCUGGAGAAGCUGAUCCAGCAGCGCGCGGUGCUCCGCGUGAGCUACAAGGGCAGCAUCUCCUACCGCAACGCCGCGCGCGUGCAGCCGCCCCGCCGCGCGCCCCCCCCGCCCGCCGCGCCCCGCCAGCCCCGCGCCGCGCCCCCCCCCGCGCCGCCCGCCGCGCCCCCCGCGCCCCGGCCCGCGGCCCCCCCGCUCGCCGCGCCCCCGCCGCCGCCGCCGCCCGCCCCGCAGCCCCCCGCGCCGCCGGGGGGGGGCGGCCGGCUCACCCGGGGCCGCGUGCAGGGGCCCCCCGACGAGGACGGGGCGCCGCGGGGCCGCCCCCCGCGGCUCGGAGCGGCUCCCCCCGCGCCCUCGCCGGCGCCCCCGCAGCCGCCCGCGCAGCCGCCGGUCCGCGGGGACAGGCCGGGCCGGGCGCCUCCUGCGGGGGGCGGGCAGCGCGCGGCGCGCGGAGCCAAGGUAGGGCAGAGAAGCGGGGAAGAACCAGUGGUUGAGAAAGAGGAGGAGGAGGAAGAGGAGGAGGAGGAGGAAGAUGAUGAGGACGAUGUAUCUGAGGGCUCCGAGGUGCCCGAAGCUGCUGCAGCCACCACCGCCGCCGCCGCCGCUGCCGCCGCCACCACCACCGAGCGGCCCCUGGGACCCCAACUCAAUGGGGAUCGCGCCUCCCAGAACACCCCCAAGGAGCGCCCCAAAGAGUGGUCCCUCUGUGCACCCCACCAGGGCCAGGACGAGGCUCGGGGGCCCCCCAUGGGUAGCGGAAGCCGUCAGGCCUUCUCCGUGGCCGGAUUGAACAAGGAAGGGGGUUCAGCCUACACAGCUACUGGUCCAAACUGUCCGUCCCCCGUGCCUUUGCCCCCCGGAAAGCCGGCUCUUCCAGGGACUGAUGGGACCCCCUUUGGCUGCCCGUCCGCGCGCAAGGAGAAACCCACGGACCCAGUGGAGUGGACGGUGAUGGACGUCGUGGAGUAUUUCACUGAGGCGGGAUUCCCGGAACAAGCCACCGCCUUCCAGGAGCAGGAGAUUGAUGGCAAGUCCCUCCUGCUGAUGCAGCGGACAGACGUGCUGACGGGUCUGUCCAUCCGCCUGGGCCCGGCUCUGAAGAUCUAUGAACAUCACAUCAAGGUGCUGCAGCAGGGUCACUUUGAGGAUGACGACCCCGAUGGCUUCCUGAGCUGAGCGGCACCCGCCCGCCUCUUCUGUCUCCCCCCUCAGGCCCCAGCCACCACUUUGCUCAGGGGGCUCUGGACAGCUGCACCCCUUCCCCACCCCCAAAGACCAGGCCCUGGACCCUCCUUUCUCUGUGUGACUCCCACACUUACACACACACACACACACACAGACACACACUCACUUCCACCCUGUCCAACCCAGAACUUUAUUGGCGGUAGGGGAGAAGGAAAAAAAAAAACAAACAUCUUUUUCCCCUCUUUUCAUUAAUCCGGUUUAGCCAAAUGUGUCCCAUCUCACCUCACCCCCCCCAAGGUUGCUCCUUCUGUUCAUUUUGGGGGCGGUAAUUUGUGGGAGGGGUAUUCUAACUACCCACCCCCAGCCCUUUUAUCCCCAAUCUGGUGGGAGUAGAAAGGGAACCUCCCCCCAGUUCCAUCCUCCUCCUCCCUCUGCCUCUCUCUCUCUGUCUCUGUCUCUCGUUGGGUGGUGGAUUCAACUGGCUGUAUUGCUUUUUAAUAAUCGCACCGGAAGUUUUUUCUAAAAUAAAGUUUAAAAAAAAAGCGGUUG